AUGGCGGACCUUUUGCAAAGGAAGAAGCGAGGCCAGAAGAUCUCGAUGGUGACGUCUUACGACGCCAACGUGGCCAGGAUCCUCGACUCCGCGCUUAUCGACAUGCAGUUGGUGGGCGACUCUCUCGCGAACGUUGUUCUAGGUUUGGCCAGCACAGCAGCGGUGGACCUCCACACGAUGAUCCUCUUUGCCAAGCACGUCAAACAAGCCUGCCGGCGUUCGGUUGUCGUCUUUGACCUCCCGUAUGGGACGUACCACACAAAAGAGGCCGCAGUUGAAUCGGUCAUCCAGGUUGUCAAGCAAACCGGCAUCACGGCAGUUAAACUCGAGGGCUUCUAUCCCGAAAUUGUCAAGGCGCUCCGAGAGCAUGUGAGUGUUAUCUGUCACCUCGGCGUUCAGCCCCAGACCGCCCAAACCAUGAACUCCCGAGGAAAAGAUUCUCGAGAUGCUCUGGAGUUGCUGCACCAUUCCCUGGCUCUCGAGGCUGCUGGCUGCCAAAUGAUCGUGCUGGAGAAGGUCUGUGCCGAGGUCGCCGAGGUUAUCACGUCAAAACUCAAGGUUCCCACCAUUGGUAUUGGUUCAGGCCCUGGAUGCGAUGGCCAGGUUCUCGUGUUUCAUGAUUUGUGUGGGCUUUCUCCCUCGGGGCCGAAGUUGAAGUUCGUGAAGCAGUAUGCUCAGGUCCAUCCCCAGAUCCAGGCUGCGGUGAGCCAGUUCCGAAAGGACGUGGAGACGAGUGUGUUUCCAGGCCUCGGAAACUGCUUCUUUAUGAAACCGACCGAGCGUACAAAGUUUUAUGCUCACAUCGAGGAGGGACUCGACGCGCAGCUCGGGGGCAACAGGCCGUCGAGCACUUUCCCAGCCGCUCCCAGCACACCAGCGGGAGGCGAGAGAGAUCGAGGCUCUUUCGCACCUUCCAUCGUUCGCGGAUGGGUGGCUGCCGGCCUGGCAAAUCCAGCGUCUUCCGCUUCGAAGGCUGUGCACGGCGCGACGGACUCGCCUCCCGCCUCUGGAGAUAAGGCGGCGUGCACAAAUGUGUCCCCGAAGAGCCCCGCCCCGCCAGUCCUCAAGCGUGUGUGUGUGCGUGGAGGAGGCGCUAUGGGUCAGCUGAUGGCUUGGAAACUCGCAGGAGUUCCCGGCGUCGAGGUCGUCCUCGCCACGCAUCGGCAGGAACUGAAGGAAGCCGUAGAGAAACAAGGAAACCAGUUGCUCUUCCAGAAGCUCUGGGAUGAGGGUCGAAGCCCUCCGGAGCACGGUGACGUCGAAGGAAGACCCGUGAGGGUCAUCGUCAUGGGACGAGAAAACGACAAAGUUGAAAAGUUGGCGGAGGAACCGUUUGACGCCGUUUUGAUUUGCACCAAGUCAGAACAGACCGCCGAAGCAGGCAACUUCGCCCUGGCCAAUGUGCGGUCGCCAGGAAUCGUCGCGAGCUUCCAAAAUGGGUUGGAAGCCCCGCGAGUUCUGCGCAGCAUCUUCAGCGACGCAUCUGGCCCUCCUUCAGACGCACUGUUGCGUUCCGCUGAGACGAGCCUGCGUUCAACGCGAAUCCAAUCUUGCUGGAACUCUGGAAGAGCUGACACUGGGAACGGAGAGACGACCGGUCCUUCUCUCUUAUUUGCUCCUACUUCGUAUGGCGCGCUAGAACAGGCUCCUGGACUUGUGCGGCUGACUGGCGAAGGGGAGAUCCGACUCGGCCUGUCCUCGCCGAGACCGGAGAGCACCGCAGUGCCCAGCCUUGCCGCUUUGCUCAGAUGCGCAGGACUCAACGUCACGGAGAUAGACCCAUUCGACGUGCAGGCGGUUCUCUGGCAGAAGGUCACAGUCAGCGCCUACGUCAACGCCGUCACAGCGCUUCUCAGAUGCAACAACGGCGACGUGGCGAACCCGCUAUUGCAGCCGUUGAGGCGGCGCGUUGUCGAGGAAGUUGUCUCUGUCGCUCGAGCUCGAGGAAUUGCCGUCGACCUCGAGGCGACCGACCAUCUGGUGGUGGACGUGAUCCACAGGUCUGCGCGAAAUCUUUCCUCCAUGCUUGUGGAUGUCCAGAAGCGGAGGCCGACAGAAAUCGAUGCUAUCAAUGGGGAAGUCGUAAAACAGGGCCGAGAAGUUGGCGUGCCUACACCGGUAACGGAGACUCUUUUGAAUCUCGUCCGGUUCAUCACCGAGCAGCAGUCUCGGAAUAGCUCGCCCGCAGGUUAA